GUUGUGUUGGGAUUGUGAGGUUUAUUUGGGCAGGGAAUGAAAGGAAGGAAGAGAGGGUUUUAUUAAAAGGCUUAAAAGAAGGAAAAUAACAACAAACAAAAAGGCUUUGGUUUACACACUCUUAUUUUCGGCCAGGGCUAAAAUAAGAGUAGGAAAAACUUUAUUUUGAAAAGGAAAUAUUUUGGAUGUUUAGGGAAGGUAUGGGGAGUGUGGGCUCAGUCUCGGGUGUGGAACAUGGGGGAGGGUAUGAUAGGGCCAAGCCCGGAUAUAACAGCUAUGUUUGGUAAACAAAUGAAAGGCUAGUAAAUGAAUCAAAAGGUCAGCCAACGGAGCUUUAAAAUUCCCCUCUUGCACCCCUUGUUGACCUGUUGAGCUACGCCACUGGGGUGUCUGGUCUAUUCUUGAAACUAGGAGAGAUGGGUGCUUGUGUGGAUAAAAUUGCUAUUCACUGGGCUGUUAUUAUGCAGAACAAGCCAACAACAUUUGUCACCAGGUGCGUCAUUCUUUUCAAACAUACUUCCUCAUACGGUUUCAAAUCAUGUCAUUUAUAUUUUCAGGAAAUUUUCAAGUAAACAAAAUAGUAUAAUUGAAAUUUAUCUAAAGACGAGAAAUAACAUGAAUCACACACUUCUUACCAUUAAAAUCAGAAUUUUGUUUGAAUCGUUCUAAAAAGAAAGAGGAACUUAAUUUCAAGAUGGAAUAGGGAAAAAAAUUCUUAUGCCUAGUUUGAUUGAGUAUGAUUUAACAAAAUUAAAAAUGGGUUGUAUACGUAGAUAGGAAUACAACAGGUCUGAUGUUGAAAGCCACGCUUCUGGACAACGUGAAUCAGAUCACCCCACGAAACAUCACAAAGGGAUUUGACAGCGUUAUGUGCUUCAUAUUAUUCUAUAUCUCCUCUGCAUCCAUGCGAGAUUGGUUGUAACAGAGGGAGUAAAAAACAUGACCAACAAAGCUUGAAAUUUAUUAUACUAGAUGGUAACAAGGUUUUUGGACCAAUGACAAAACCAAAAUUCUGUCAAAAAAGUGCAAAAGUGAAAGCAUUAUUAAAAUGGUAAUGUAACAAGUUCCUCUCACAAUCUUCUCAUCCGUUUGUUUCAGUUUGACUUGAUGAGUGCUAAAAAUUCUCAAUUUCAUUACAUAUCAAUACUCCAAACAACCCCUUCACCUUCCCCGCAUGAACGAUGCACCUGUUUCAUCCUUUCCACUGACUUGCAUAUCCCACUGCAUGACCAGUCAAAUGAUGCCACACACACGUUCCCUGCCUUUGCUUUCCAUUCACAGCCUGACAUCUCAUCUGUUUAUUUUUUUACCAGCUAUUUUCUGUUAAUAUUUGAACUAGCUAUAAAUCACUUUAGUCGAGUUUUAAAAAAAUUAAAUACCUGGAGAGGUGCUACAGCACAUUGAUCUCUCAUCCACAUGUUCUACUUCCAAACCAAUGAGCCAUGCCCCUAAAGACACAUCCUCAUUUGCAUAUCGAUGUAGGAUGCCCCUACAAAUUGUCAGGUUUAAAAGGUAAGUUUUGGUAUAAAGGGUUCUGAUGCUAAUUAGCAUUCUUUUGAGUGACUUACGAGUUUAUAGAGAUGUAUGCAGCAAGGUCCUUGGAGAUGGCAUAUAUCUGGCCGGUGGCAUGCCUGAAAUACUUAUUCCCUUCUUCUCCAAAUUUCCAGUAUUCGGGGAUGAAAUUGCGGUGGAAAGUCCAUGGUAAAGGUCUGUAAGGUCAGUUUUUUUGAGACACAUGUGUAGAAUUUCCACGUAUUUAAGCCAUUUAAGAAUUACAUGGAAAGCACAUCUUGAUUAUGUGUUUUGUUUUCAAACGGAGGCCGAGGGGAAGGGAAUAAAAAAAGAAUGUAAUCAUUUACAGGGAGGAUUGGAGGAAUACCAGUUUUUUGUUUCGAGAAACCUAAAGCAAUAACUGCUAUAUUUGGAGCGACGAAAAACAUAUUUAAUAAAAAAAUAGUGUGCUUUCUGAUACGUAUAAUAAUUUGACUUACUGGCGGUAGAGAACGGGCCCAGAUUUCAUGCAGCCAAUGUAGACUCUGGGCUUUGACUUGUGCCUUGAUAGAGUGGUUGCCAGCAUUCCCAGGUUCAGAUGGACAUCAUCAUCCACCUUUACAUAGAACUCUGCGUCCCAAAGGGAGAAAGCAGUGGAGAAAUAUAUGCGCGUUUUGGAGGACAGCUCAUGGUAUCCUUCGACGUGAUUAAGCCUGAGGAAGUCUUUAUAUUCAGCAUCCUCCUCAUCGAUGCCUCUAUCAAGGACUCCUCCCGGCGUUGCACUGUGUCCUAUCACAAACCCUCGGUUCAUUCUCUCAACGGCCAGCUCCAUCUCCAAUGUUGAUAUUGUUUUUUCAAGCGACCUGCUUGAGGAGAAAACAGUAAAAAAAAGAUUACGUACACUUGAAUACACAAUAACCAUUCAAUUCUUGCAGAAAAUCUUAUAUGUGCUUUCUUACUGGAUAGCUAGAUGAGUUUUCUUGACCUCUCCCAUGAUAUCUCUUGUAUUUGUUUCCACAAGUUUCUGGUCAACCAAAAUGUUGUGUUUAUCAGGAGGAAAAAAAGACACAAAGGGUAUAUUUGGAUCACAGGAAAUGCUAGGGAAAAGGGAAAAAAAUACUUUUAGUAGAAUUGUUUUCUUUCCCAUGAUAUCUCUCAUGGUAUGUUUUUCUUUACCUUGGAAAAUGCAAAUUAAAUGGAACAUGAUAUUUAAAAAAAUACAUGUUUCAUUGGUAUAAGUUUCUUACACUAUGUUUGGUUCAAGGAAUUUAAGAGGGAAAAAAAGAAAAUAAGAGAGAAAUUAAUUUUUCUUGUUUGGUUUGAGAGGAAUUGAAAAGAAUGGUGGAAGGAAAAGAAAAUGGGAGAAAAAUGAACUAAGAAGAAAGGAAAACAUCAUUCCUUCCAUUUUGGCAGGGAAAAGGAGAGAAAACAUCUUUCUUUUCUUUUCCUUUCGAAUUCCAUGAACCAAACAUAGUGUUUGUCUUAAUACUCCCUUUGCACCGUAAAAAACUUCACAGAUUGUCUUUGCGGAAUUUAAGAAAAGUGUUGAGAAGUGAAAGGCGGUUGGAAUUUGCUUAUAAGAGAGAUAUGUUAUGAGCCACAAGUGCUUUUCUUCAAAACAAAUGAGAGAAGUGUGAAGUUUAUUUUGGAGACCAAAUAAGGAAAUUGUGAAGUUCUUUGAGUUUGAACAAAUCUUUUUUUAGCUUGACUAUGUCUUUUAUUUUUCCCUAGACGUUCUUUCAUUCCCAUUUUCCUCUCUAUUUUCUUUCCCUUGUAUUUUCUGGGUUCUGAACGGACUUGAGGCUUAAAAAAAUUAUUAUCUUAUGUAUAACCGUUUUCCAUCAUCUCUGAUGGAGUCAAAAUUUCACCAUUUUUGGCUUUGGGGUGUGAUGGAAUAAAUCAAAAUGGAUCUCAAAACUAUCUGCACUUCUUUAAUUAAUGAAGUAGCAGUUAGUCAAACACUGCAACUUUCGAUGUUGAGCCGGGGGUCUCUUUGGAAACAGCCUCUCUACUUUCGAGUAGGGGCAAGGUCUGCGUACACACACCCUCCCCAGACCCUACUCUUGUGGGAUUUAACAGGGUUGUUGUUGUUGUUAUCUUAUGUAUAACCGGGUUAAAUGGUUGUGUCUUGGAAAAUGUAAAGAAAAAUGGAAGAUAAUA